CAACCAGCUAACAACGGCCAGAUUUCAAGAGGCAAAGUUUCAAUUUCGUACGAACCAAGCAAAGAUCACUACUGUCGCUCUGGUAGGCCUAAGACAAGGCAGCGAAGGAUCCGUUAGCGGCAGCAGUAACUGAAAUACAACAGCAAAAACAACAAUAAUCAUAUGUAAAAUGACUAUGUUCGACUGAUUUCUAAGAGUCGAGCUGAACCGUGUUUAUGGGGAAAUACAUAUGAAAAAAGCCCGGAGGAGGGUAGCAAAUGACCGCCCUUAUGGAAACACUGCACUAGGCACAGGCGUCCAUUAAUUAUAUCUGUGCAUAUAAUCGAAUGCGUCAGCAAAUGACGAGCCUUAGAUGUACUUCAUUAGGUGCAAAUAUGUCUGUAGGUGGAACUGUAUGCUGAAAUAUGGCUAUAUCCGUAAACACCCCGUUCCGUGAACAAUUGGACAAUAAGCUCUGCUCGUUCACAUUGGCGGAUAACAGUGGUGCACCGAAGAAGGUUGGCUGGUCGGAUUCCGGACGUGGCAUUCGUUCUGGAUGUCAUCCAAGAUGGCAAAUGAUAAUCGUCCCGCUAUGUUCAUCUAAUAGACCUCACCGGCACGGGAGACCAUGAAGUUCUCCCGCCAACACCGAGCCAGCCUAAAGGUGAUACUGUUGUGCUGCGUGUGGUAUUCGAUUUCAUCGACAAACAACGUGAUCGGCAAGGUCGUUUUGACUAAUAUGCCAUUUCCUCUGACAGUUACUAUCGUUCACCUGGGCUCAAUCGCGCUAUAUUCAGGGCCCGUAUUAGCACUUAGCGGUGUUCGACCACAACUGGAGAUGGACUGGUCGACUUGGUUCAAGUGCAUAUUGCCGUUGGUACUUGGGAAAUUCUUCACAUCCCUCACGUCUCAUGUGAGUCUUUGGAAGGUGCCCGUUUCGUACGCUCAUACAGUUAAGGCAACGAUGCCCCUCUUUACGGUGAUCCUCUCAAGGAUCAUACUAGGACAAAAACAAACAUUACCCGUGUAUUUAUCGCUUCUACCUAUCAUCUCCGGAGUGAUUAUUGCUACCGUGACCGAGAUCUCAUUUGACAUGCUUGGUCUUAUCGCUGCUCUCAGCUCGACGAUUGUGUUCGCGCUUCAGAAUAUCUACACGAAGAAGGUGAUGCGCGAAAGCGGAGUUCACCAUUUGCGCCUUUUACACAUUUUAGCGCGUUUCGCAUUGUUAGCCUGUUUACCCAUAUGGUUAGCGUUUGACGCGCCUCGACUCGUCCGGAAUCGAGAGCUCACUCGGCACACAGAUUUCAUCACAAUAAUUUUGCUUUUUGUUGACGGUCUCCUGAAUUUUGCGCAGAACCUAGUUGCCUUCACGAUGCUCAACAUGUUGUCACCUCUUACCUACUCUGUCUGUAACGCGGCUAAACGUAUCUGCAUAAUCAGUUUUUCCCUGUUGAUGCUACACAACCCGGUGACGGCGGCCAACGUGUUCGGCAUGACCCUUGCGAUUUUUGGGGUUCUACUAUAUAAUAAGGCCAAGCAGGACGCUCAGCGAAGUAAAGACCUGCCAACUCAUCACCAGAUGGUCACCGGACCGGCAGGCUCCAUUGUCAACCUGGAUGGGUCUAAGGCCGGAGCAACUCUGCCUCAACCCAUGAACGGUUUCGUCAUAUCAAAGCCGGCAAAUAACAUUCUGUUCGAACAUGUGUUCUCUAAUAACAACACACAGUACAUACCGCUUGUACACAGCUGACACUAGACUUCAACAGAGGACCAUGUUUUUUAGCGUUUGUCUUUUUGUUGUUGUAGAACUCCCUUAAUCACCUGUAUUAUAUUCGGCGAGCUACGCAUGUUUGUAUUCGCCAGUGUUAUUGCUAUAAAGGUAAGGUUCUUUAUAAGGUUUAUUUUGAAACUGUGCUGUACAAAGGUGCGCCAGAAUAAUGUGAUUCGCGCAUCGCGCGUAUAAUCAGUGAUCGACUCCGUGAUGGAGGUAAGUGAAAACACGAAACGACAACAAUAUCCGAUGAGCUAGCAAGAGUUUUUCUGGUAAUUUGCCUACUGAAUAUCCUAUCUUUUUUCUUUGUUGUUCCUGGCAUAAGGCACAACGAGCAGGCUACAACAGAUUCGAAUGACCAUCGAGUUGUCACGAAUAGCGAGAAAAACGACGGUCCUCCGUCGUAGUUUGAGGAAAUUUGGGGUAGAUAGGACGCGAAAGGAUGUGUGAGUGUAAUUAAAGGAUGAAUGUAUCGAUGAAUAAGCGAGCGAGUGGGUGGAGAUUGCAUUUAUAAUAGUAUUGGUUGUGUAAUUUUUCUAUCCUGAAUUGUUUCGCAUAUCUUAAACUGGAGUGGUGUUUUCAGGCUCAUAUUGCUGGACACUGUUUCAUUUGAGACAAUAAACUGAUUUUAUUUAAAA